UGAAUUUUUCUUGGACGUGUCGACUUUUUAUUUUGCGCGUCAAAGUUCGCGUCUAUUGAAGCAGACCACUUCACCAUGAAUCGUCCAGAGGCUAUAAGGACGUUCUUUCGUUCUUCAACAACCAGCCAUUCAGCUGCUAACAACUCAUUUGUCGAUUCGCCUUCCUCCAUAUUAAGUCAGCAAUCGACUUUUGAUCAGUCUGCUCGCGGAGACUCGCUAUCGAAGUUUGGCAAAGAUCGCCUCCAUCCCCCAACAAAAUCAAGUCAAGCUUUGGAAUCAAACAAUUUGUCUGUACAAAAGGGACUCUUCCAGUUGGUACAGCAAUUCUUGGAUAAGAAAGACGGCAGACAAUCCGCGGCUGAUACCCAGAAUAAAGAGAGAGUAUACGAACGAUGCAAAUCCAUAUUACGAAGCAUUCCGCGACCAUCGACCGCACAAGAUGAAAUGCAUCUGGCUGGCACCAUCAGUAGAAAGCUGUCUCUCCAGAGUGGGUCGAGCAGCAAACAGCUCAGGUUUGAAACGCUACUCAACAAGCUGAUGGAUCAGAAUGCCGUGAAAAACAAAUGGGCGAUACUAUACCUUCUCAAUGAGCUUAGCGAAGAUAAUAGUGCUGCUGAUAUUAGCUAUCGCUCUAGAAGUCGAAUGCCGUCCGCCGCUCAAAGCGAUAUCGAUUCAUUUGCUUCUCAAGGUUUACCGACUUUCACAUCUCCUCAUCACCAAACAUUGGCACGGACACAUGAUGGGUCAGAUACCUCAAGGAGUAUUCGGCGGAAAGUGAGCGACGAAUCAGACGCAUCAAUGGACCAUAAUCUUCCACCUGCACAGCAACUUCAAGUGGGUUUGCGAACACACGAAGCUGAAUUCUCAUCCAAACAAGUACCGGAGGCGGCCAUACUUCGAGACAUUAUGUUCAUAUUCCAGGGUAUCGAUGGCACAUACAUUAAAUUUGAUGCUGAGUCCGACGCAUAUGUUAUAGAUGAUAUGGUUGGGAUCUCUCGUUCUGCUCGAGAACUCAUUCACAAGCUGACAGAACUCGGCUGGCUUUACAAGCGUAUUCAAGCCUUUAUUGCGACUAACAUCGACAACGCCUCCAUAGGGCUUGUUGGCCAGUCGUUCUGUUCUAGCUUACAGCGAGAGAUGAACGAUUACUACAAGCUAAUUGCAGUUCUGGAAGCGCAAAUCAGUAAAAAUGAAGGAAAAGAUCUCACUUUUUUGUCAGAUGAUUUGGAUACAUCAUUAUCAACCAACAGCUUAACUCUGAAGCGACUUGUAGUAUGGAUGCGGGACAGCCUUCAACGUCUUAGACUGAUGAGUGUGCUGAUUGAUGCUUGUCAAGAUCAAAAGGGAGGUGCAUUCGUUUCUGUGAUUCACAACUACACAAAACAUGGAGAUCCGUUCAUUCAAACAUUCAUAAGUCAGCUUCUCGAAGAAGUGUCAGCUCCAUUUUGGGAAAUGCUGCGAAUGUGGAUCUAUGAAGGCGAGCUGGAAGAUCCUUAUGAGGAGUUUUUCGUCGGCUGCGAUGACUCGGUCUCUGAAGAAGAAUUGUGGCAAAAGAAAUACACGUUUAGAGAAGGCAUGCUUCCAUCGUUCAUUUCAAAUACGUUGGCUCAAAAGAUAUUUUCAAUUGGAAAGUCAUUAAAUUUCAUUCGAUACAACUGUCAUGAAAGUGCAGUCAUACAGGAAAGAUCACAAGGCCAUGUUCAAACCUUGAGGUAUGGUAACAUAUCCGCUGUUGAGAACUCUAUCGACAAAGCGUAUCUGGAUACUAGUCGACAACUAUUAAACAUCCUUAAAGACAAAUUCAAAUUGAUGGAGCAUUUGAAAGCGUUCAAGCGAUACCUUCUUCUCUCUCAAGGCGAUUUUAUUCAAUAUCUCUUGGAUACUCUCGGAUCUGGCCUGAGUAAGCCUGCAAAUACAUUAUUUCGCCAUAAUUUAACGGGUGUCCUCGAGGCAGCGAUCAGAGCAUCCAAUGCGCAGUACGAUGACCCAUCCAUUUUGGCUCGAUUGGAUGUACGCUUGCUAGAGAUAUCACCACAAGAUUUGGGAUGGGAUGUUUUCACGUUGGAUUAUCAUGUUGAUUCGCCUAUCAAUACCAUCUUUACGCCACAGGCAAUGCAACAAUAUCUCAAGAUGUUUAAUUUCUUAUGGCGGCUCAAACGUGUAGAACAUUCGCUUUCGGCAGCUUGGAGAGGGUUGGUGACAUCUGGCCGUCAAUACAAUAGUAUCCCUGAGCUUGCAAGAGACAUACGCUCAGCACAAAUAGUGAUCACAUCCAUGAUCCAUUUCACUUCUCAACUCCAAUAUUAUUAUCUGUUUGAGGUUCUGGAAUGCUCUUGGGAAGAGCUAUCGCAUUUUAUUGAGAACAAAUGCAUAGAUCUAGACUCUCUGAUUGAUGCCCACUCACGAUAUUUGACUGAUAUCACGACGAAAGGGUUUCUAAAUGGCUCAACAAAUCAGAUGUUCCUUCAGAAUAUGCUCUUAAGGCUAUUUAAAAUACUUGAUACUGCCCUUCAGUACAGGACCUCCUUGGAUCAAUUGAUCGCAUUAGCGGAUUAUGAGUUUACGAGGAGAGAUGCUAAUCGACACAGUGGAAUUGACACUUCUAAGCUGCUCAAAAUUCGCAUGCGAUUGACGGCAGGAGCAGAGAGCUUUCAGCGAGAGACAUUGGAUCUCCUAGCCACGCUCUCAUCUUAUCAGGAUGACGACUUGAGAUCACUCUCCACUCGCCUCGAUUACAAUGACUUCUACGGUCGUUCGACAUCGACUUUGAGAGCAGGAUAAAUCAAACAGAUAUCAAGUGUAUAACAGUAUAUCUAAAUGUAAAUUGUACCAAUGGAUUCUUUGUUAAUGCUCCAAACUAAUGGUAAAUGUAUUA